AUGCUGCUCCUGUUGAUCGUCUGCUCAAAUCUACCGAGCACAACGGCUUUUACACCUACACCCAUGUGGAUGCGUGGGUUAUGGUGCGUUGCUCAGUAUACUGAAUCCUCUCAAACCUAUACACAAAUUGGACAAGCAUUCUUUUACAACAAUGGAACCAUCACUCACAAUUUUCUCGAUAAUCUGGCAUUCACUCAGGUGACUCAUUUUCUGACGAUCGACAAUACUGAUGAGACCGAUGGAAUCUAUCAAGUCUACACAAACACGACGCAAGGUCCUCCAGAAUAUGUCAAUAAAGCUUCGUGUUUCUGGUACCGUCAAAUGUCCAAUGGAGAUGUCGCAUCGGGACGUCAGUCGAAUGGUACCUGUACACGCACUUUCGAAUUAGAUACUACAUCCACUGCUAUCCGAUACACGCGCAAUCCUUCGACAUGCCACUUCAUCGAUGAUGAAGAUACAAAUCUCGUUCUCUCGGAUACGUCAUUUGAAAAAAAUCAGAUACUUGCAUUAGAUCGCCAGCUACCUUUGGCAAAACGAAGAGGCAUCGUUUUCUAUGGCAGUUCAUCGAUUCGUCUAUGGUCAAAUUUAUCAUCGGAUUUUCCCUAUUACACUGUCUUGAAUCGAGGUUUCGGAGGUUCAGCAUUAACACAGUGUUUGAGAGAAUGGAAACGGAUCGUUUAUCCACUGGAGCCAAGUGUGAUUAUUCUCUAUGCCGGCGAAAACGAUAUUGCUGCUGGUAAUUCACCCUCGAAUAUACAAUCUGCUUUUCGUCGGCUCAUUCCAGCCAUCCGUCGUUUCUAUCCAAAUAUACCUAUCGGUUACAUUUCAGUGAAACCGAGUCCGUAUCGGAUCGAUAAGAUAUCGAAAUUGAACGAAACGAACAUUCGUAUUCAAGGCGAUAUCAAACUGCUCUUUCCAGAUGUUACUUUCAUUAAUAUUUGGCCACAGAUGCUAACGACAGACGGGCAACCACGGCGGGAAUUAUUCGGAUCCGACACGUUACAUAUGAAUGCAAAAGGCUAUGCGAUCUGGGCGAAAGCAGUUAAUAAUUAUUUGAGCACAGUGUGA